UUGUUGCAGUACCAGGCUCACCAUAUUUCCGUCGGGUGUUGUCAUCGUUGUUCUAUUCACAUGCUCGGGGAUCACUCGUAUUUGCUCGUAUGCGUCCUGGCCAUCAAUUAGGGAUCGAAAACGGCAUCGAGCUACGCGGCGUAGUAUUCCGUCCAUGUCUGGAAGUGGCGACGCCAUCUUUCGCGUGUUCGCAUUGCGCUCCCGAAGAUCCACUACCACCCGAAGUCGCGGGGGGCUAGAUUUUGCCUUGGGGAUCAGUAACAUAGGUACUGUGUUCCCGGCGUUUGUUAUCUUCCAGCGCCCCGUUUUCAGGUAUACUCGUCGCUUCUCAUCCCACUGGGGUCUGAGCGCAUCUGGGCACCGAGACAUUCGCCAUGGCAUGACUUUGCCCGGGUCGAUCAACGGAAUGCUGUGAUUUAUUGCCCUGAGCGGCGGCAGCUCUGUUUCCGCCGCCACUCGACACACUUCCUGGGCAUACUCUUUCAGUUUUCCUCGUGCUUGCUCCAGAUCUCCGGUCUGCACGUCCGUCGCACCGGUGUGUAGUCG